AUGUUCAAUGCGAUAGAAGACAGCCUCGCAAAAGAGCAGAGAAACUCAGGUAACUUGACGAGUUUCGAAGUAUACCCGUUCCCUUCAAAGCUAGUGGAGAUCGCAUACCCUCUUGACACCCGAGGGUUCGUAAUCCCGCCGACAUUAUUAAAAGUGUAUUCCGGUAACCAUAUGUUCUGUAUGCCUAAAUGUUUCCACGGAGUGGACGCAAAUAUUGUCGUCGCGAGGAACGCAUACUACAACGGACACGACGGGGUUCACUUGGUCUGUGGAAACUUCAAACAUCAUUCCCAAUGCGCUUUUCAAGUCAACAUCACACGACUACUCAGAGAAAGUACUGACAUGGUGUUCACUCAAUACGCAUUGACACCAACUGUUCCGAUGAAAGUACCCCCUUCAUCACCAGUACAUUCAAGCAUCGUGUCGCUCCCACCACUAGAAGAAGCGGAACAAUCCGUACAAUUACAUUCCGAUUACAAUCCAAAUGAAGAGGGACCGAACGAAGACAACACACCGCGACCGACGUACACCAUGGCUCUGGAGCGAACAAAUAUCCCGGACACCUGCUUCGAGGACCGCCUUAAGUACGACCAUCGCCCAGCAUCGAUUUGCGAUAUCCCACGUGAAACUGCAACGACACCAUCACUUCUCGAUCGCAUCGAAACGGACGACGCUUUCAGCACGAGGACAUGCAGGAGCACAUCUCCGUCGCUAUGUCAAGUAAAGACUUCCGAACAAAAAGACAAAUCAGAACAUGGACGAGACAUAUGCGUUGUCACCGGACCUGGUUUACCAACAAUGGUUAUUGGGGCGAAGAACAACAUUGGAACCAAGACAGUCAAACUCGAUGUCGACCAGCCUAAACAGGAACGUGCUGACAAGUUAACGAAAUGCUCACAGACAAUGUCGACGAAUAUGACUAUCCGCUUACGGCCAGACGCGAUGGUAUUCCAUCCAUCAUUUCUUGCAUAG